CCGUGUCAUUAAUAAAAUUAAAUAAAUUACGUCAUUAAUUUAACGUCUCCUCUUCCGAUAAAAGAUGUGGCAUAGUCUGUGGGUUUUAAUUUUUGUAGUCUUUAUUUAUUUAGUUAAGAAAAUAGUGCAAAGUGAGCCGAAUAAAAUUCAAUUUCAUUUUAAGUUUUUUAUAUUUUACUUCGCCGGAAGUCUUUUGGCUGCUUUUAUUUGGCCAUACUUUCUUCUGGAUCCAAAAAAUGUUAAAAAUGCAAAGUUGGGAGCUGGCCUGCUUAAACAUAUAUCAAAGGUGUACGGCCUGAAAUGGGAGCUACGGAGAGAAGAUAUUUUAUCAGAAGAUCGAGGAGCCAUCAUUGUCUCGAACCAUCAAUCAUCUCUAGACAUAUUAGGGCUUUUUAACAUCUGGCAUAUAGCAGAUAAAUUAACGGCCAUCGCAAAAAAAGAAAUCUUCUACGUAUGGCCAUUUGGUUUAGCAGCUUACCUCGGAGGUGUUGUAUUUAUAGAUAGGAAAAAUUCAAAGGGGGCAUAUAAACAAUUAGAAGUUACAGCAGAAGCAAUGAACAAGAAGAUAAAAAUAUGGCUGUUCCCAGAAGGAACCCGGAACAAAGAUUACACAAAACUUUUACCCUUCAAAAAGGGUGCAUUUGCGAUGGCGAUCGCUUCACAAAAACCUGUCAUACCUGUUGUAUUUUCUCCAUACUACUUCAUAAAUAGAAAGAAAUAUAUAUUUAAUAGAGGUCACGUUAUUAUUCAAUGCCUUGAACCCAUAUCAACGAAAGGAAUGACGAUGAAUGAUGUGUCAACUUUAACGGAAAGGGUCCAUGAAAUAAUGGAAAAGACUUACAAGGAUCUCAGUAAUGAAGUUUUUAGUGCUCUACCACAUGACUAUACACAUACACUAGUAGGCUACAUGUGGGACAAAAUAAUUUACGCAUUUGUUAUAAUGCUUGCUACUUAUAUACUCAAGCAACUAUUUUCGGAAACGCCAAAUAAUAUUAAGUUUCAAUCGAAGUUUCUCGUAUUUUACAUUUGGACUUCCUUCGUGGCAUUAUUUACCUUACCUUUUUUUGUAUUUCGACCAAAAAACGUGAAGAACUCACUAUGUGGAGCCCAAAUCGUUAAGCAUGUAACCAAAUUAAUUGAGGUCAAAUGGCAUUUAAGGAAUGGUAGGAUAUUGGCUGAAGAUAGGGGAGCAGUUAUCAUAUCAAAUCACCAAUCUUCUCUAGACAUUUUAGGCUUGUUUAAUGUAUGGCAUGUAGCAGUAAAAGUUGCAGCAAUUGCAAGAAAAGAACUCUUUUAUAUCUGGCCCUUCGGUCUUGCUGCAUAUUUAGCUGGAGUUGUAUUUAUUGACAGGAAUAGCACCAAGGAUGCGUACAAACAACUUAAGAUUACGUCAGAUGUGAUGAUAAAAAAUAAGACAAAAAUAUGGAUAUUUCCCGAAGGAACGCGGAACAAGGAUUUUACGAAGUUACUGCCAUUUAAAAAAGGCGGUUUCAAUAUAGCAGUUGCAGCUCAGGUGCCAAUCAUUCCAGUUGUCAUAUCACCAUACUACUUUAUUAACAGAAAGAAAAAUAUUUUUAGCAAAGGUCACGCCAUAAUCCAAUGCCUAGAACCGGUGCCUACGAAAGGUCUAACAAUGGAAGAUGUACCGGAAUUAAUAACAAAAGUGAGGAAUAUCAUGGAAAUUGCAUACAAGGAGUUAUCAAAGGAAGUCAUUAGUGCCUUACCGCCUAACUAUCCCUUAGAAACUGAGGACUGAAAAACCCGUACUGAAAUUAAGAUGUUAAAAUUCCAUUUAUACCAUAGAUACUGCGGAGUAAGAAUGUUCCAAUUUGAUUUUUCUCAUAAAAAUUACCCAAACACCCGUGCCUCAGGCGAACACAAAGCUUGUUCAAAUUAAAAGUUACGAAAAUAACUCCCACAGACAUACUUUUUGCUUACUUAGUCUCAACAACUACACUUUAGUCAUUAGUUAUAUUUUUAUUUUUUGGUUAAGAAAAUACAUUCAUUGUGUCUGCACUAUCCAUUGCAAAUAAUCCGAAGUGGCCGUGUCGAUCUGUAGAAUAAUGACUCAAGCAAAAGUCCCUUUGCAAUACAUUCAUCCAAGUUAUGCAAUUUCUGAACUAAAUAACACCAACUGAAUGAACUGAAUCUAAACGCAAGCGCAAGAAUAGUCAAUGAAUCUUGUGCAAUAAUCAUAAUUUUAGUAAUGUUGCCAUUUAUUUUAAGGCUUUAUAUAAUUUAGGCAUGUUUAGUUUCUAAGGCUAAGUCAUUCCAAUCGAAUAUUUGGAUUUAUAAGACAAAAAUGCUCAUUUUAAAUUAGUUUUGUUAUACUCCUAAAAUUAUCAAAGAGUCACAAUUUGAGGUUGAUCCAUGAGGCUAAUAUUAUU